AUGAUUACUAGAUCACGAAUACUGCUGGCGCUGCUAUCGACGUCGACCUCAGAAGCUCCUCGCGUUAAUCAAGUAGGUAUUCAGUACUUAUCCAAUGAUCUACAUAGAAAAGUUUUCCCAACCGUCCCCUUGGAUAAAUACAAAUCUCCUCCCCACCAUUCCUUGGUAGAAUUACUGAAAUCUCAUCUAGAUCACCAUGGCUUACUAGGUAAGAAAACCGCCAUAUCCAAUCCAAUCAAAAUAGAUCACUUCCCUGAUUUAGUUGGCAAUAAAUCAGUAAGCGAACAUUUCCAUAAAAUAGGCUCCAAGGAUGCUCAACCAUAUUUGUCAAUGGCAGAAAACUUUUUGUCAAAUCAAAUACCGUCUAAACCUGACCCAAAAGAUUGGGUGUUUCAACCGGGCUGGACUCGUUAUGAACCUGGUAAGAAACCUCAACAUGUUCCUUAUCCUUUAGAAGAUGAAUUGGUUUUCGAUGUUGAAACUUUAUAUAAACAAACCCAUUAUUCUUGUUUAGCUACCGCAGUAUCUUCAAAAGCUUGGUAUGGUUGGGUUUCCCCAUUUCUUAUAAAUCAUAAAACGGAUUCAAAAUUUAAUGAUCAUCAAUUCUUGAUACCUUUUGAUACUAAGAAUCGUCCAAAAUUACUAAUAGGCUAUAAUGUUAGUUACGAUAGAGCCAGAAUCUUGGAAGAAUACAGCAUCAAACAAUCAAAAGCUUUCUUCCUUGAUGCAAUGUCUCUUCAUAUAGCAAUUAGUGGUAUAUGUUCCCAACAAAGACCCAUCUGGCAAAAGCAUAAAAAAAAUCAAGAAAAAUUACAAGAAGAAACUGAAAAUGAUGAAUUUGAUAAUUCUGCUAAAAAUGAUGACGAUCUUUAUUCUCAGUUUUCUGCUCAAGAUUUGGCCAAUGAAUUGUUAGACGAUCCUUGGUUAAAUAAAGGAUCCCCAAACUCUUUAGCUAACGUUGCUGAUUUCCAUUGUGGUAUUAAAAUGGAUAAGAAAGUUCGUGAUGAAUUUGCUACUCUUGAUCCAAUGGAUAUCAUCAAUAACUUCAAUAAUUUAAUGGACUAUUGUGCAAAAGAUGUUGACUCGACUUUUUCUGUCACGGCUAAGCUUUUCCCUGAAUUUAGAACAAAAGUCCCUCAUCCAGUUUCUUUUGCUGCUUUAAGACAUAUGGGUAGUUUAAUGUUACCAACUACUAAAAACUGGAAUAAGUAUAUCGAGACAGCAGAGAAUUUAUAUCAAGAAAAUAGAUCGGGAGUGACAAAUAUUCUAGAAGAAAGAGUAAAUGAAUUAGUCAAAUUUAUAAUAGAUAAAGAUGAGUCCUUGAAGCCUGAUCUUGAAAAUGACCCUUGGUAUAAACAAUUAGAUUGGUCUAUUAAGGAACCUCGUUUGAAAAAAAAUGGUGAACCUUUCGCUAAACAAGCGUUUAUGACUGGGUUUCCAGAAUGGUAUAGAGAUCUUUUCAAAAGUCUGACGACUAGUGAAGAUGGCUCCAAAACUAGAGAAAUGAAAAUUAGUUUAAGAACAAGAAUCACUCCAUUAUUGUUAAAACUUAAAUGGGAAGGUUACCCCUUGGUUUGGACCGAUUCUUGCGGCUGGUGUUUUAAAGUUCCAAUAAUUGAAGAUUUACUUGAAGAUGUAAAAUCAAAAAAUUAUAUCGAGGCCAAAUUAGAUGAUGGUGACUUUGAAAAAUUGCACGAAGAUUUAUUUACUCCCGGCAAUUACCAAACUUUAUUUAGAGUUCCAUCACCCGAUGGUCCAACUAAAAGAUGUGUAUCAAUUAUGUCAAAAUCUUAUUUAUCAUUUUUUGAAAAAGAGAUUUUAACUUCAGAGUACGAUUAUGCUAAGAAUAUUUUGAAAUUGAACUCAAAUGCAUCAUACUGGAUGGGUAACAGAUCACGCAUAAUGGACCAAUUUGUUAUAUUUGCUGAUUCAAAAGGCGAAAAGAAUAAAUUUUUUGAUACAAAGAAAGAAAUUAAAGAGCAUUCAAAUUUAGGUAUUAUCUUACCCAAAUUAUGUACUAUGGGAACCAUAACUCGAAGAGCCACCGAAAAUACUUGGUUAACUGCUUCAAACAGUAAGAAGAGUAGAAUCGGAUCUGAAUUAAAGGCCAUGAUUGAAGCACCUAAAGGAUAUGUAUUUGUUGGUGCUGAUGUUGAUUCAGAAGAAUUAUGGAUUGCAUCACUAGUUGGAGAUUCAAUAUUUGGAAUACACGGAGGUUCUGCACUAGGAUGGAUGACAUUAGAAGGUGAUAAAAAUGAAAAAACUGAUUUACAUUCGAAAACUGCAGAGCUUUUAGGAAUUCUGAGAGGGGAUGCCAAAAUCUUCAAUUAUGGUAGAAUUUAUGGAGCAGGAGUAAAAUUUGCAACCAGAUUAUUAAAACAAUGCAAUCCACAAUUAAGUGAUGACGAAGCAUCAAAAUUAGCGAAGAAUUUAUAUGUUAAAACCAAGGGAGAUUUAAGUAGUUCCAAAUUUUUAAAAAGAAAAUUAUAUCAUGGAGGUACUGAAUCCAUUAUGUUUAAUAUGUUAGAGUCCAUUGCCUAUCAAAAGGAGCCCAGAACUCCAGUUUUAGGAGCAUCAAUAACUGAUGCAUUAGCAAUGGGGAAUUUAAAUAAAAACAAUUAUUUAACGUCUAGAAUUAAUUGGGCCAUUCAGAGUAGUGGAGUUGAUUAUUUACAUUUAUUGAUUGUAUCGAUGAAUUAUUUAAUUGAUAAAUAUAAAAUGAAUGCUCGAUUGAUAAUAACUGUUCAUGAUGAAUUGAGGUAUAUGUGUGAGGAGAAGGAUCGAUAUAAGGUUAGUUUAUUAUUACAAAUCAGUAAUUUAUGGACUAGAGCAAUGUUUUGUGAACAAUUAGGUAUUAGUGAAGUUCCACAAUCGUGUGCAUUUUUUUCCGAAGUUGAUAUUGAUAAGGUAUUAAGAAAAGAGGUUGGGUUAGAUUGUAUAACACCAUCACAUCCCGAUGCGAUACCACCUGGAGAAUCACUCGAUAUUAAGAAAUUAUUAGAAGUUUUAAAAAAUAAUAAGGAAGAAAAUUUUUUAUUGAAUGGAAUCAAUAAAAAAUUAAGUGGUAUUAGAUAUAAACCAGGUACUAAAGAGGUUGAAAAAUUAAAUACUGAGCAAAACAUAAAUUUAAGAACUUUACAAACCAAGAUUCAAUUAUCGAUCGAUAAGAAUGAAUGGAGGCAGGAUAUGAAUGAAUAUAUCCAAAUGAAAAAACGGAUUGAUACUAAAAACAUUAAGGUUAAAAGGAUUAAAAAGCUGACCCCAGAAGUCAAUUUAGGUAUUGAUGGUGACAAGUUAUUGAAAGAAGAAAUAGGUGAGGAAGCCAAAUUGAAUACUGUGUUAAAGGCCAGGAAUCAAUUAAGGUUGAAACCACAGACGAAGGUUGCAAAGACAACCGAGCUGUCAAACAUGUCAAAGAUGAAACCAAAAAUUGCCCCCAAGGCAAAGCUGAUAAUCAAGCUGACUACAAUGAAACAAGUUAAGCCAGAAGUUGAGCCACUUGUACCAAUAUCCACCGGGAAACUGACGGGCCAACCGCCUUCAGUGUCGGGGACAAGAAUGAAUGCCACCAGCAAAGUGUUUAGAGGAUCGACUCGAUACAAGGCGACCAGUUCGAAAUCCAAAGAAACCACAAUGUAUUCGAGUCGAGCGAAUAGUCAAGCAGCCAAAGAAGGAUGGAAAUCAAGCAGGUAUCGACCGAGAAUGAUGUUUGAUAACAUGAUUGACCGACGACCUUCCAAUCAAUUCAUGAACUACCGGAACAAUUAUUCCAGUACUACUAAAAAUACUUAUUCUAAUACUAAUAAAAAAGACGUUAAAUAA